CUUUCCCCCCUUUUCCUUCCCACUACUCUCUAUAUAAAUACACCAGUCGCGCUUUCCCUCUCCUCGUGGAGAAAGCUUUUUGAAUCAGAACCAGCAGGAACAGUCGGAGAUGGAGAAGAGUGAAACGACGUCGUCAGGAGAAAACCCUAGGCCAUGGCAUUCUUAUCACACUGUUUACACUAACGCUAAAGCAGGUAUGGAGGGAGUCGACAAAGAGAAAGUGCAGAGAAUAGUGUAUGAGAUGAGCAAAGGAUCAAAGUAUUUUGAGAAUGAGGAAAAGAAGGAGGCUUAUAUGAGGCAGAAAAUUGAGACCAUGCGUGCCCAGUGCGCGAAGCUCACAGCGGCUGAUGUAUCUCAUUACCAGAUGGUGGCUGAUAAAAGAAUUGUAGAACUAGAAACCACACGAGAUCUUUCAAGGAUUUGGCUACAUGUUGAUAUGGAUGCUUUCUACGCUGCUGUUGAAACAUUAAGCAACCCUUCUUUAACGGGCAAGCCAAUGGCUGUUGGAAGUAUGUCCAUGAUCUCCACUGCCAAUUAUGAGGCAAGGAAAUUUGGGGUUCGUGCUGCCAUGCCUGGAUUCAUUGCACGUAAAUUAUGUCCAGAAUUAAUUUUUGUUCCCACAGACUUCAACAAGUACACUCAUUACAGCAAUUUAACUAGGAAAGUUUUCCAGAAAUAUGAUCCGCAUUUCAUGGCUGCUAGUUUGGAUGAGGCGUAUCUUGAUAUAACUGAUGUCUGCAAAGAAAGGGGUGUUACUGGUGGAGAAGUUGCCGAUGAACUCAGAACCAGAGUGUAUGAGGAAACUGGUCUAACAUGUAGUGCUGGAGUGGCUCCAAAUCGUUUACUUGCAAAGGUUUGCUCAGAUAUAAAUAAGCCCAAUGGACAGUUUGUUUUACCAAAUGAUUGGAUGGCUGUCAUGACAUUCAUAUCAUCACUUCCUAUACGGAAGAUUGGAGGCAUUGGUAAGGUCACUGAACAUAUGCUGAGGGAUGUUUUGGGAAUUAAUACGUGUGAGGAGAUGCUGCAGAAGGGUGGGUUUCUCUGUGCACUAUUUUCUCGCUCUUCAGCAGAUUUUUUUCUUUCUGUGGGACUGGGGCUUGGGGGAACAGAUACUCCUGAAGUCAAGUUUCGAAAAAGUAUUAGUAACGAAAGAACAUUUUCUGCCACAGAUGAUGAGGCACUUCUUUAUCAGAAACUAGCUGAUAUUGCACAGAUGCUAUGUACUGACAUGCAAAAAGAAGGACUUCGUGGUCGGACAUUGACUCUCAAAUUGAAAACUGCAUCUUUUGAGGUUCGAAGCAGAGCUGUUACUUUGCAAAAAUACAUUUGUUCGGGUGAAGAAAUAUUGAAAUAUGCUUCAAAGCUGCUAAAAGCUGAACUUCCUAUUUCUCUAAGACUGAUAGGAUUGCGGAUGUCUCAUUUCAAUGAAGACAAGGCAGGUGCUCCAUCUGAUCCAACGCAGAGAACUCUUACCAAAUUUGUUCUAUCUAGAGAUGCAUCCGGGAAAACUAUGGGUGGUCAAAGCUCCUUGAGUUCAAAUUGUAGUGACGAAGCCUUCAUGGAUGACUUGGAAACCUCUUUUCCUAAUGAUGAAAUUAGAGAUCCAUGGGAUAGCUCUUGUAAACAGGAUUUGGAAGAUCACAAUUGCACAUUUGGUAAUAACAUCGAAGCAGAGGAAGCUCAUGAAUCUUUAAGCAACAACACUGCGGAGAAUAUUAAUACUGCAGAUACAGUAGAGUGUAACUCCAAAUCUCAUCAUACUGAAGCGUUUGAAUUGAAGAUUGCAGAAACUUCUUUGCCUCGGAAGCUUGGUGGGGGCAGCACAGAUAUGGUAAACGAAGAGGUUAUCCUUCACAAUGAGGCAGUCAUCUCACCUGAUUGGCAAUAUCAAUGUUUUAAAGCAGAUGACUAUAAAUGUUCAUUAUGUGGGAUUGAAAUGCCACCAGAUUUUGUUGAGGAAAGACAGGAACACUCCGAUUUUCAUCUUGCCGAAAGGCUUCAGGAGAAGGAAUCUAGCAUCAACUCAAGAACUUCUAUUGAGAGGCACAGGUUUGCCCAGAAGGCCAUUACGUCCAGCCGAAGCUCACGUAAAAAGCACAAGCCUUCUCCGAAGCAAGGCAGUCAUCUAUCCAUUGAUAUGUAUUUUGUCAAGAGCAAUCAGAACUUUUAGCAUCGGGUUUUUUAUUUUUAUUUUUAUUUUUAUCUGUUAUUACUUCUAUAUAUUCAGUUGUAUACAGCAUAGCGAUACAUAUUUAUUAGAGUUGUAUUACUGAUUUUUUUCGCAGUACAAUGUAAUUAUAAUUUUAUAGUUCAUCAAAUUCAUAGUAAUAUAUUAUGUGAA